UCCUUCUAUGGCCAGUCGUUUCAAUUGUCCGAUAGGACUAAGCACGGAGUGGGCGCACCCAUCAAAGGGGCCGGACAUUCGGACGGUGAUUAUGGGCACGUGUGUGGACUCGUCAAAAAUGACGGGUGGACUAAGGAGCUGUCUGACCAUGGUCAUGAUCCCAUUGUUUAUAAGGGUGAUGAAUGGAUGAGCUAUGAUGACCCCUAUGCCAUGUAUAAUAAAAGCAAGUGGGUUAAGGACAAUGGCUAUGGUGGUAUCAUAAUCUGGGAGAUUACCCUGGAUGAUUACCAGAAACAGUGCUGUUCAGUGAAUAACCCUUUGCUACGGGCCCUCAAUUAUGGACUGUAUGGCACGGGUCAGUCACCGGACACUUAUGGUUGUGAACAUAAAUAAAUAAAUAAAUUGAUAUUAUUAUUUGAAAUAAACUUGAUGAAAUAGUAUUUUAAUAAGUGUCUGAAAUUAAUAAUUAAACUUUAGAUUUAUUUUUAAGUAAUAUUAUUUCAAAACUUGCAGAAG